AUGGCCGAUACAAGCCACCUGAAACUUGUUGGUCUACGGGGGAAUAAUCUUUAUUUCAGGUUCCCAGGAGGGACACCAGAUGGAUCAAACGAACAUUGGCGUCGUGUCUAUAUGGACACGUUCAUAAUAUUCACACUUGGAAUAAGCAAUCAGAUCAUUGGCGACUACCGAGAAACAGCAGCUGUGGAAGUUUUCCAAGAUUUGGCUAAGGAGCGCCAUCGCGAGCGAGCUUCCGACAGUGUUGAGAUGCAGAUCGAUCAACGGACGUGGAACAAACUCUUCUCGAGGUUUCAAGGGUUAAUUUCCACAAAGCCAAUUCCUACAUUUCCCUGGAAGAUUCCCAACUGCCAGAUCCUUAGCCCGUCAUCAACUGCAUACCGAGCUUGGAGGGAGGUUUUGGGCUUGCCCUGCAAAGUAUUCGGGAAUGUCGAUCCCGGAGAGUCUGAGUUAACAACUCGCGUCCUCGAAACCUGUACCGUUAAGGAUGGGAGAGAAAUACUCCAAGUGGUAGGCCAUGCCAAAUACUUCAAGGGGUUCGGAGGUGAAAUCAGAGACAAAAAGUUUUGGCAUAAAGAAUGGCAUAAAGUUUGGUUCAAAGCCGCAAUGAUGUCUUCCAAUAACCGAUCAAGCAGCACACCUAAGCCGUCAACAGUAGAGAACCCAUUCUCAGAGAUAAAGAACCCCUUCGCACCAGUCAGUCCUGCGCCACCGAUGGGUGAGAAAAGAAAGAUUGGGCCAAAAGAGGACGAGCCAAAGGGCGAUUUUAAAGUGCCGAAAACGUCCGCCUCCACGACCAAGCCCGGCUUCUUGGCUCCAACAUUUAACCAGCCGGACACCAUCUCACCAGCCUCGUACUCUUUGCCUACUGCAGCGCCUGGCCUUGCUGUUACCAAUUCAAACUCCAUGGCCAAGGAACCUGGAACAAUUCAGGGACAUCAAGUUAUAGGCUUAAAUGGACCAUCAGUGAGCAAGAACUCCGAAGUAGGAGGGCUGUUUGGACCACCAGAAUCCACCGCUGCGAGCGUGGGAGCACCACCAACAUCCACCGUUUCGAGCGUGGGAGGGCUGUUUGGACCACCACCAUCCACCGCUGCGAGUGUGGGAGCAUCACCAACAUCCGCCGUUACGAGCGUAGGAGGAAUAUUUAGACUACCACCAUCCCCCGCUACGAGCGUGGGAGGGCUGUUUGGACCACCACCAUCCACCGUUUCGAGUGUGGGAGGGCUGUUUGGACCACCACCAUCCACCCUCGCGAGCGAGGAUGCAGGUCCCCCAGCUCCUGCAUUUGAGGAUGGGGCUGGCACGCGAAAGCUGCCAAACUUCAGUGAUAGUCCGCCGAUUCACAAGACUCUCGUGAACUGCUGGGAAGCUCUAUCAAAAUCCAAAUAUUGGAUCAAAUCGCGAAUGGUAACCGCUGCUUUCGAAAUCAGGCUGCCAGACGCCAAGAUCACAGACCAACUGUUGCCAACUGGUCGAAUCGUCACGAGUAGGCACUCAUCUCUGUUCCAAAUUGAGCGUCGCGGUGUUACUGAUGACGAUCUCUGCCUCGGGAUCAACUUAUGUCAACAUUUCGCCCGUGAGCUCUCCGAGGCCCAGAUGGAUAUCCUAAGGGAUACCUGGAGAUGCAUCGUCAGAUGGGUGACUUUUGUGUGCCAAGGCGCUGGCAUCGAGUUUACGAAAUGGUGCUUCCUAUGGUCAAGGAACCUGUGCCCUCUGAUGGAUAAUCACGUUUCGGAACAACAGACAUGGGUAUGGCUGGAACGAAACGAGAAGACUACUUCCAUCGAGUUGGUCAAAAGUUUGCCUCGAGAAUCCGACUGCCAAUUCGCAAAAGAAAUUUCAGAGAAGAUAUCCAAAAUCAUAAACGAGCAUAAGAGCUCCGAGGACAAUGAAGGAUUAUUGCAAGCAGUGAGCUCGGCGGUGCUCGCAGAAAAAGUCUUUUCCAAUCCUCGGAGUCGCCUUAUGCAGGCUCUUAUGAUUGCUGUCUACUCUAUAGCUACAAGUAAGUUCGAGACAGAGUCUUUCUCUGAAGCUCAACGGCUCUAUGUUUUGAUCCGGGAGGGGCAUCCCACCCUACAGAUAACGUAG